AUGAGUAUAUCUUCCGUAAGCAAAAGCGUUCAAAAAACCGGCAAAGAAUCAAUAUUUUGUUGGGGCUUUUUCAGUCAUGUUCAUAAAGGUUUGUCACACUCAGCUCAAACAUUAAACGGAAAAAUGGAUAAUGCGAAAGAUGGUGACGAACGUGACCAAAAUCCAACCGAUAUGAGCAAGCCAUCAAAAGAGGAACAAUUGUAUAAAUUAAAAACUUAUCGCGAAUUUGAUGAGGAAUUGACAGAGCUCAAACGUGAAAAUUUCAAUUUAAAAUUACGAAUAUAUUUUUUGGAAAAUCCACACGUUGAGCAAUCGAAUAGUGAGCUUAUCGAACAACUACGAACCGAAUCUGAAGUUUUAAAACAACAACUCAAUCAAAAAAACACCGGUUCACAAAGUCAAGAUCUUAGUAGUAGCAGUAAUACAAUUAUUCCUUUAGCAUCUGAUGAUGAACAUAAAUCACUAUUAGCCGAAUUCGAUCAAUUACGCAAAAGUUAUCAAACACUAUUAAAUUCUUACCGUCAACAACAAGCAAUAAUGUCACAAAGAUCGACAUCAUCGACGAGAAGAACGCACAUAACUCACAGUGUAGAUUCGGGAUUAGAAACAACGGGUGGAACAACAACAUUUAACACAUUAGAUACACGAGCAAUCGAACAGAGAGGUUAUGAAACUGGUCGACGUGAAAGAGAAAACGAAAUCCAGGCGUUACAAGAACACAUUAAAACUUUAGAAACAACUUUAAGACAUAGUCAAAUUGAUCAACAAAGUGCUGAACAGGAGUCCACCACCAGUAUAGAUUACAGCGAUGAAUUAAGAGCUCGGGAUACAAUAAUUGAGGAACUUAAACGAUCGAUUAAUUCAACAACAGAACAUUUACGUAAUUCGGUUCUAGUGGCACUACCACCGGCGAAUAUUCCUGAUGAUAGCAGUCGACGUCGAGUAGAAGAAUUACAAGACGAAGUACAAACACAUUUAAAAACCAUUGAGACAUUAAGAGUAGAAUGCUCUGAUUUAAGAAGUUCAGAACAAAAAUUAAGAUUGCAAAUUGAUCAAUUUGUAUCCGCACUCCGCGUAUCCGUAGCAUUUGACCGUCAUGGGAGCUCAGUUGUGCACGAUGAUUAUCAAAUCCGUCACAUAAAAGAUGUAAAAUCAGCUGUUGCUCAAGUAACCAAAAAUCUGAUGUAUGACGCUGAAAAUUUGACAAGUUUGACCAGUCGCGUAACAAUCCUUGUUCAAGAACAAGAAGAGUGGCAAGGAAAAUUACAGAGAUUGCAACAACAAAUAACACAAAAAGACGUUUACAUUCAGCAAUUAGAACGUCGAGAAUCUGAACUUGAAUUGACCAUAAAGCAACGUUACACGGAAAGAAUUAACCGACUGGAGCUAGAAUUAGUUGAAGAAAGAAGCCGAUUCGAAUCACAGCUACUGGAACACCGUGAACUACAGCUUGUACUUCAAGAAAAGAGUCGAUUAGAAUCACAACUAAUGACAUACAAAGAACAACUUCGUCAAAUUCAGUACGAGCACCAACAAGAAACUGAAUCGCUUCGAUUGCGUUACAAUGAGGAACACCGUGAACUACAACUUGUACUUCAAGAAAAGAGUCGAUUAGAAUCACAACUUGUGUCGUACAGAGAACAGAUCCAGGUACUCGAACGAAGCACGCAAUCAAUCGAAUUAGAAAGAGAAAUUAAAACAUACAAAGAACAACUUCGUCAAAUUCAGUACGAGCACCAACAAGAAACUGAAUCGCUUCGAUUGCGUUACAAUGAGGAACACCGUGAACUACAGCUUGUACUUCAAGAACACCGUGAACUACAGCUUGUACUUCAAGAAAAGAGUCGAUUAGAAUCACAACUUGUGUCGUACAGAGAACAGAUCCAGGUACUCGAACGAAGCACGCGAUCAAUCGAAUUGGAAAGAGAACUUAAGAUAAAUGAAGAACAAGAUGCCCGCUGA